CCGCACGCUAGUGGCGCUGUACCUGCUCCAUAUCUCCCCAUAUCUCCCCAUAUCUCGCUACUAGGUGCACCGCACGCUAGUGGCGCUGUACCUGCUCCAUAUCUCCCCAUAUCUCCCCAUAUCUCGCUACUAGGUGCACCGCACGCUAGUGGCGCUGUACCUGCUCCAUAUCUCCCCAUAUCUCCCCAUAUCUCGCCACUAGGUGCACCGCACGCUAGUGGCGCUGUACCUGCUCCAUAUCUCCCCAUAUCUCCCCAUAUCUCGCUACUAGGUGCACCGCACGCUCGUGGCGCUGUACCUGCUCCAUAUCUCCCCAUAUCUCCCCAUAUCUCGCUACUAGGUGCACCGCACGCUCGUGGCGCUGUACCUGCUCCAUAUCUCCCCAUAUCUCCCCAUAUCUCGCUACUAGGUGCACCGCACGCUAGUGGCGCUGUACCUGCUCCAUAUCUCCCCAUAUCUCCCCAUAUCUCCCCAUAUCUCCCCAUAUCUCGCUACUAG